AAAAGAAUUGGAACAAAACGAUCAACUAAAUUACAAAAAAAAAAAGUUAAAAAAAAAAAGAAUUUAGCAAGACUAAAUUUAGCAGUAAUUUCACGUUAAAAAAAAAAAUCCUACUUGCAAAAAUUUAUUGAGAAAAAAAAAAAAGGAAAAAGAAAAUAAUGUCAUCAAGUGGUUGAAAUUUAUUUUAACGAUAAUUUUGUACUAUUGUACUAAUGGACUCAAUGAGCAGUAAUGUUUUUUUUCCUCCAUGUGAUAAUUUCACAAAUGAAAUUAAUUCAUGGUACAACAAAAGUCAUGGUAGUAUCAUCAAUGAUUCCAUGAUAAAUAAAACAUGUUUAGAGCAUGCACCAAUUUUAACAAAACAAGCAUAUUUCAAAGCAAUUGUUUUGGCAUUUAUGGCAGGUUUAAGUUUAAUUGCAAAUAUUGCAACAAUAUGGUCAAUAAGAAAAAAUAAAAGAAAACAUCAUGGAUGCUCGGCUGUUUAUACACUAAUAUUACAUUUAUCAGUUGCUGAUUUAUUUGUUACAAUUUUUUGUAUUGCUGGUGAAAGUUUUUGGAGUUAUACCGUUGCAUGGCCAUGGGGAAAUAUAACAUGUAAAUUAUUUAAAUUUUUACAAAUGUUUAGUCUUUAUUUGAGCACAUUUGUAUUAGUACUUAUUGGAGUUGAUAGAUUUAUUGCUGUUAGAUAUCCAAUGAAAAGUCUUAAUACAGCACAACGUUGUAAUCGAUUGGUUAUUAUCACAUGGAUUAUAUCAUUUAUACUGAGCAUACCCCAGAUGGUUGUGUUUCACGUUGCAAAAGGACCAUUUAUCGAAGAAUUUUCUCAGUGUGUUACUCAUGGAACAUAUACUGAACCUUGGCAAGAACAAUUAUACGCAAUUUUAAGUCUUAUAUUUAUGUUUAUUUUACCACUUAUUUUUCUCAUUGUAACAUACGUUUCAACAGUAAUAACAAUUGCACAAAGUGGAAAAGCUUUCAAGCCAGAAGUUGCAAAUGCUCAUAAUGCAAAUCAUCUGACUGGUGAUAUUAAUCGUCGUCGUUUAAUUCAUCGUGCUAAAAGUAAAUCACUUCGUAUUAGUAUUGUCAUUGUAACUGCAUUUGUUUUAUGGUGGACACCUUAUUAUACCAUGAUGAUUAUUUGCAUGUUUUUGGAUCCUGAUGAACAUCUAAGUAAAGAUAUGCAAAGUGGAAUUUUUUUUUUUGGCAUGUCAAAUAGUCUUGUGAAUCCUUUGAUAUAUGGCGCAUUUCAUUUAUGGCCAAAAAAAAGACGUCCAGGAUUUAGAUACAGAGACGGUUCAACAAUGCAGCAUCGUAGUGCAACAACCAAUGCGAGUUUUAUGCUUGCAACAAGAGGAGGUAGUACAAGACUCAUCAGUAAUUCAACAAAAAAAUCUGAUACCAACAUUCAGGGAAAUCCUCAUCCGAUUGACGAAACAGUACUAAUGAAGCUCAUUGAAAAACCAAAAAAAAUUAACAACGAAAAAACAGAAAGUAAAACAAAAAUUAUAUUACGUUUUAAUAAUACUACUAUUUUAACUAAUUAAUUUUUA